AAAAAAAGUCUGAUGUAAAGUUUUUUUGGCGGGAUUUCAUCGAGUGCGGUUGGAGGGCUAUCGUUUUUUGUCUCACCAGAUGGCGCCACUGUUUAGUGAGGUCCUGAAGUGUAACUUUUAAAGUUAGUAAACACGCUCGUGAUAUCAAAGUUUACAUUUUAAUACAAAAGAAUCGUAUCUUAAACAUAAUCGCCCAUACCACAGUGUUGCGCAGUCCCGUUUUGUUCGGAAAAAAGAAGGACAAUAUUUUUUCUUAGCUCCGCUUUUAAAUAACUGACAAUAAUUGACACGUAACUCAUAUUUGCCAUGUCCAAAUCGUAAUCUGUUUAUUGUUGUGAUAAAGUUUCUGGAAUCGGCGACUUUGCUUCUAUGAUACCGACAUACCAACAGAAUUGCAUAAACUUUUAGGUAACCAUUUAUUUUAUAAACCUAUAUUUAAUUUUAUAUGUAACACUGUAGAAAAAUUGUAAAAUGUAAAUAAUUAACAAAUAUAUUAAGUUGCAUGUUCUUAGUAAUAAGCUAGGCAUAAGGACAAUGUAUCCAUUGCCAAUAAAUAAAAAAAAAAUGUUUAAAUUUUAUUAUCAAAUUGACGUGACGGGGGAAUCCGGGGGAAUAACAGAUUAUCAACAAAAAGUUCGUUUUCUUUUUUUCUAAUUAAAAUAAAUUAUAUUUUGCUGUAAAAGGAAAUUAAAAUAAGUAAUUACUACUUAUAAAGUAUAUAUUAUAAAACUCACCAUGUUUGCUAUAGAAAAAAAGUUUGAUAUCGAAAUGAAACUUCGCAAGGAGAUGACAAAUAUUCAAGAGCUAAAAGCAGCAGCAAACCGAAGCUCUUCGCUGGCUAACGAUGUUUGCAAUGUGCUUGGCGCCUGCGAGCAGCGGCUGCAGCAGCUGGAGGCUGCCGUGCUACCUCUGUAUGGGGAUACUGCACGAUUGCAGCAUAUACACCAGAAUAUGGAAAAAACUGUAAAAGCCUUGGAUCAUGUGAUUAAUUUCUAUAUGGUAUCACGAGAGCUGGCAGAUUUGGUCCAAGCUGGGCCUCAUACAUCUUCCACAGAAUCACUAAAUUUAUAUUUGGAGGCUUUAGAUAAACUGGAAGAGGCACAAACAUAUUUCAAUAAACACAAUGCUCAGAGUGUUGAGCUGGAAAAUAUAAAUCAACUGUAUAAUACAGGAGUGUUGAAGUUGGAGAAUGCAUUUGAAGAACUUUUGAGUCGCAACACUAGACCCUUGUCUCCCACCACUCUCAUGGACAUGAUUGCUUUAGAAGAAGACUCCAGCGCGGACAGCGUAAGCGUGAGCGUGAGCGCUUCCGGGAGCGGUUCCAGCGGGGGCCCGUCGCUGGAGACUUUGCGCGCGGCCGCGGCCUGGCUGAGCGCAGCCGGCCGCCCGCCUCUCAACGCGCUCGUCAGUAUCCGAGCUCCGGCCGCUAAGCAGAGCAUGCUCGCCUUCAGGGACUACCUGCGCUCGCGGUCCAUGGCUGCCUCGCCGCUCAUGAGAGCGAAAAACGUGCUUCACCGAUCUGAUAGCACAUCUAAGAAGACUAGCAAAAUCCAGAAAGUGUUGGAGAAACGUGCCAACAAAAUUAUGAUGAAGGCAUCACAAACUUUAGAACAGUCCACGGGGUUGGCUAUAGGCCCGCGACGAUCUGUUGUUGAAGCAUAUCCGGAUGAAACCGGUGAGGCGGGCGAGGAGAGCGAGGUAGAGGCGGCCGGGGCGUUGGCGGCGGCAUUAGCUAGGAUAGCGCGGCAUGAACAGCGGCACGUGCUGGGGCUGGUGCCGCUGCCGCGCCUGCCCGCGCUGCUGCACCACCUGCUCAAGGACUGCUGCGCGCUGCUGGCUGCCGACGUCGAGCGCGCCUGCACGCGCAGUCGUCGCGCGGCGGCGCGCUGUGGGCCGGGCCCGGGGUGCUGGGCGCUGCUGGCGCGACUGCAGCGUCUGCAGCCAGACGUGGAGCGGGCCCUGCAGCCUGCCUCACCUGCGCCCUACACCGCCAUCAUGCAGGCCUGCCAGACCCACUGCCUGCAGUGGGCGGAGGAGUGGGUGGAAGGGGUGCGUGGGGACGGGGCCGGGGCGGCCGUGGACGGCACCGUGCACCAACUGGCGGCCGCGGCGCUGGGGCACUGUCAUCAUCUAGCGCAUCUGGCGCAUUGUAUGGGGCCGGCGUUGGCCACGGACCCCAACUACGCUCGAGCGGCGGCUCAGUUGCCCGCCAGCCACGACAGAAACGCUACACUCCUCGCCAUAUACAUGCGUAAGGUUUUGGCGCAGCUGAACUUUACGCUGCGCAACAAGAGUGAGCAGUACCCGGACGCUUUGAAAGCGAUAUUCCUACUCAACAACACACACUACUUAUUGCAGGGUCUCCAACGCAGCGGAUUACUGGAUGUAGUUUCUUUGGCAGAGCCCGAGUGCGAAGCCAGCUACCGAGACCUCAUAAACCACCACAGACAAGCCUAUCUGCAGAGCUGGAAUAAGCUGCUAGCACACUGUGUGCUGGACGAGCAACUUCCGCCCAAGCUGCGCGACAGGGACAGACAGAUCCUUAAGGACAAGUUUGCGGUCAGUAUUAAUACACAAUUCAGAUGAAUGGAAAAAGACUGACGUAUGAAUUUCAUUAAGAUAUUGUGUCUGGAAAAGUCUGGAAGGGAUCAUCUAAAUGGGUUUUACGACAUUGGUCAAAUCUUAAUCAUCUUUCUGCCCGUGUUCUGAAAUAUGACUAUUGCUUGGCUUGUCAUGAAAAGGUUCGCGAUAACAUGACAGUGUGGUCGUAGCGAUACACAUCGAGAAUUCCUUAGGCCGCGUUGUUUCGGCUAUAGUUAAACUUGAUUAAAAAAUAAUGGAGUAAAAACAAUAUUUUCUCAUAAUUUUACACAUUUACUAUAGUCAUCACAAAAUACUAGGCCCGUUUUGACAGUUGUUACUAGUGAUAACAUAACUACCUAGUCAGGUCAUAAAUUCUGUCACAUGUUUAAUAUAAAAUAAUUGAAACAAGUUUAUUCAUUAUUAUGUGUUAUUAUGUAACCAUUUAUAUACCAAAAUGAACUUAACAAAACAUAGAUUCUUAUGACAAUAAAGUUUAUUCAAAAUGACCUCCGUGAUUUUGAAUACAGGCCUUCAAUCUGCGCGGCCAGUCGUCUAUCGCAGCACGAACGAGGUCCAUGUCAAUAUCGGCGGAUGCCUUAAUCAAGGAUGUCUUGACUGACUCCAAAUUGGGAUGAGGCUUUGAGCACGCCUUUUCCUCCAAGUGUUUCCAUAUCUUGUAAUCUAACGGACUCCAAAUCUGGACUGGAGGAGGGCCAGUCUUCGUGCCGGACGAAGUCAAUUUCACGCGCCGCCAGCCAAUCUUGUGUGCUCUUCGCUCUAUGAGCUGGCGCCGAAUCUUGUUGUGAUACCCAGUGCCUGUUAUUGAAUAUGGUAUGAGAAACAGGUUCCACAAGGUUCGUCAGGACUGUAUUUUGAUACACAACUGCAUUCGUUUUUACACCUUUCUCACAAAAAUGUACCUCUGUUAAGCCCCAAUAAGAAACUCCCAACCAUACCAUGAGCGAGGAUGGAAAAUGACCUCGUUGGACACGCGGAAUACGGUUGCUCGCUUCUUCACUACUGUGUUCGUACACCUUAUUAUUUUGUUUGUUGUAGCUCUCUUCUACGGUAAACAUUUUUUCAUCCAAAAAAAGGAUUUCCCGAUAUUUUUUUCCCGCGUACCGCUUCAACAAAGCGCGGCAUCUCUUCAGUCUCAGGUCCAUUAGACGAGCAUUCAAGCGAUGUCCUGUUUUUCUUCGAUAUGCCCGAAGCCCUAAGUCUUCAUUUAACACCCUUUACACCGUGGUUUUGCUUAACCCCAUCUGAAGGGACAACAGUUUCUGCUUUCGUUUGGGAUUUCUUUGAAUUCGCGCCUUCACAGCUUUUAUCACUGCUGGAGUCCUAACAAACCGAGGGCGACCACUUCUUGACCUGUCAUCUACACUAGAGUCUUCAUCGUAUCGUUUGAUGGUACGAUAAACGAAUCUUUUGGUUAUAUUCAAAAUUUUCAGUAUGUCAAAAUUUGGAAUUGGCGCGUAACCGCAACGAUGCAACGCAAUAACUGCAACACGGUCUUCUUUAAGCGUCCACUCCAUAUUUAAAAAUGAGUGAGUAAAAUUCGAAAAACUAUACAUUUUUAUUUUCAUGAACAAUUCGAAAUUCGUAUUUAAUAAUCUUUUUCGUGGCCAGCAUUCUAAAAGAAAAGUUAUAACUGUGUGACAAUACUGAAUAAAGUCUGUUCCAAAACAAUUUGGACUAAAAGUAAACAAACACUUUACUUCUCAAUUCCCACGCAAUGACUUAGGUACUAAAUGGAUUUCUCGACACAUUCACUUGCAUUUCUAGGGCUUUAACUUAUUAAUUCACGUUCUUUUAUAGUUCUUCUUUCUUCUUAUUUCUUUAAUAGUAUAUGAAAAUUUUAAAAUAAAAACUCGAAAAGUAAGGUUGUUUUGACAGAUGAUAAUUGACUGUUGCUGUUGUCCAUGGUUGAAAAGGGUUGCACCCAAAAAUCUAUUCAAAAUGAUUUCAAUUGACUUUAGUCAUCGAAUAGUGAAUCGAUUAUUUAAUCGAAUUGAUAAGUAGCAUAAUGAAUAAUACAGUUCAAGGAACGCAUUUUUUUUAUUGUUGUUAACCUGAUGUUAAGUGGUGAUAAAGUCCAAACCUUUUUGUUAUUGCAAAUAUGAGCAAUUUGUUAUUAUUGUUUAGGUUUUAUUGUUAUCAUAAUUUCGCCAAUUACGGAUGGUGUGGAUUUUAAUUAUUCGCCUAUAGAUCUUUAUUCGUUUUAUCCCUUUUAUUAUUUUUUAUGCAAAUGGAUCUAAAAAGAAAAUAAGUUCUCACUAGAUCCAUCAUGGAUCCGCCGAUGUAUCUACUGAGAAUGGCCCGUUUUUAACUCUUUUUAGAGAGUUGUCAAAUUUCUAUGAACAUUGACUGAAUGUAACCGAGUAAUAUGUUUAGUCGUUCAACCGCGAAUGGGAGGAUAUCACUCGCGCUCAGCGUUUAUACAGCGUGCCGGACGCCGAGCUACGCGAAUCGUUGAAGCGAGACAACAAGCAGGCUAUCCUUCCCACGUACACCGCCUUCUACGACGCUUGCGCUCAUCUACCCUUCUCCAAGAACCCGGAUAAAUACGUCAAAUAUACGCCCGUACAGAUCGCGACUCAGCUCGACGGAUAUUUCGAUGAGUCCGCCUAGUAGUUGAUAUAUUACUACUCUUCCCUGUGAGGUGUUAAUGUGUACUUUACUCAAUGACCGCAUUAAACUUCACUCGAUAUCAAUAAUAACUCGGAAACAAUAACGAUACACAUUUUAUUAAUAUCAUCACGUUGUAUCGAUAGGUAAUAAUUCAAAUAUAAUAAUGAUGUGUGUAAAAACAAAACUGUGUUUUCCAUAUUAUAUUUUGAAUUUACUUACAUAUAUAAUAUAUUAAUUUGAAAUAUUUAAAAAAUGUAUUUUAGUAUUUUAUAAUUUAUAUUGUAACUAAGCUAUGAUUUAUGUUAUCCGUACAGUUAAAACCUGCACGAAAAUAAUGUCUUAAUUUUGUUACUUAAAUCCAUGAUUCUGGUGUUCAAUUGAAUAUUUUAUUUUGUACCGGGUUACAGGGUUACAGGGUAAGUCUUACUGAAUAUUACAGGAGGAUAUUAUUCAGGUCAUUACUGAGGGAUUUGGUCCUAUUACAUGGUGUCCGAAGCUUUACCGUUAAGGAGAUAUUUAGAUUUUUUUAAAUAAUCCUUAUAUUUUUGACUUUUCAUCUAUUUUUUUUUGGGAUUAGAGCUCCUAGGGUCCGUUUUUUAUUUAGUUAGAAGAUACAUCAAUUAAUUAGAUUGAUUAAUCGAUGUCUUCAUAUCUUCAAAAUCCAUUGGCGUUAAAUCGGGGCUUCUUGUCGGCCAUGCUAUGGGUCCGCCUUUUCCGAUCCAGCGGUUUGGGUACUUUUCGUCCAACUAUGCUCGAGCACUUCGAGGCGGACCCAUAGCAUGGCCGGCAAGGAGCCUCGAUUUAACGCCAAUGGUUUUUUUAUGUGUGGGGUCAUAUGAAAACCUGGUGUACGACCAAAUGAUUGAGAAUAUCGAUGUUCUGAAACAAAAGAUAAAGGCUGACGAAAUGAGGCGAAACCUGCGAACUUCAGUCGUUAAAACUAAAAGUAAUUUAAGGAAUAUAUUGAUAAUUUGUGUUAGAAAUAGAGAAAUUCUUAAAACAUGAAUCAUUUGUUUAGUUUAUUUUUAGCCAUUUAUACCUUAAACUAAAACUGUACCCUUUGCUACCUGAACUAUCAUUUGGUCCAGUUCUUGGCUAUUUAAUAGUUAUUAUUAUACCUUUUUGAAAAGGUAGACGUAGAAGAUUUUUAAAUUAUUUGCAGAAUAAGUUUCAUACAUUAUUUUUUAAAAAAAGUUUUUCAAAGUUAGAAAUACUUAGUUAUUUUUUUCACUCUACCCGUUCUUGGCCAGUUUUUUCCAUUUGUUAGUAGCAGGUUCAGUUUUUUAUUAAUCAAUUUGAUUAUUUGAUGUGACUUCUAACUAAAUUAAUUAUAAAAUGGACCCUAGGAGCUGUAAUCCCGCAAAAAUCGAUGAAAAGUCAAAAAAUUAAGGAUUAUUUAAAAAAAAGACUUAAAAUCUGAAUAUCUCCUUAACGCUAAAGUUGUCCAUGUUACAUGUUAACCAUGUCAUAGGACCAAAUCCAUCAGUAAUGACCUGAAUAAUAACCUCCUUUAAUAUUCAGAACGACUUUCCCUGUAACCCUGUAUAAAAAUCUUAAUUGAGGUAUGUUUCUAUACAUAGAACAGUGUAUGCUUAAGUUAUAUACAUAUUAAAUAUAAUAACUUAUCUAAUUAAAAUGUAUAACUAUAUGCAAAUGUUAAAUAAAAGACUACAAUCAUGAGUGUAACAUUUUAUUAUUGCAUCUCAAUUAAUGUUAUUAUUCUUGCUGUUCUUCCUCUUCUUCCUCUUUGGCCACUGUAACAAAAACUUAUAGGUAACAUACUUCGUUCGAUAAUACAUGUGAAUUUAAAUACAUAAAUGGAAUUUCGAAAUUACAAAAAAAAAACAUAUACAGAGAAUGGACUUAGGGACACUCGCAUCUAAUUUUCUCGUUUUUUUCAUUCUCAUUACAGAUGAAAAUGAGAGACUGAUGUUUUUAGUUUAAAGUUAACAAAAUCAUGCCAGAAUCGACAUCAUAGACAAACUAUGAACCGCCCCAUCGCUUUGUAUAUUAUUCCAUUUUGCCUUCACAGUUGGUUAGUGAACGGCCAUUAUCUAUCUCUAUGACCCUAAUGGCUCGAUUACACUUGAUCGUUAACCCGAAUACGAGUUCUAAUCAGAAAUCAAUAUAUCUUUAUUCAAAUUGGAUGUAUAGUAUUGUAGUAACUCUUUUGAAUCGUCCAAUUUUUUUUUCCUUACCACUCGUUAUUGUACAUAUUUUUUAGCUGCGGAGAAAAACUCCACAACAUUAAAAGUAUAAUGUAACAUCAUUUACAAAUCAUUAUGUUGUUACAACGUCAAUACAAUCAUGAUUUAUUUAAUAUAGGAAACCUGUUAGAAUGAUUGGAACAGUUCAAACCCCAGCAUUUUAAGCAGCAUAAAAAUCCCAUAACCUUAGCUAAAUUAGAACUACGAGAAGUCUUAAUCACAAUCAUCCUAAUUGGUAUUGUAAAAUAUCAAAUAUAAUACAUUGUUCCUAUUCACUGGAGCUGAAGACAUGAAACCAAGCCGCGACGCGAGACUACAAUAAACAAAUCGUUUUCUAGAUCGACUCAAUCGGGAAUCGAAACCAGUAUUCCUUCAUAUGCAGCUACAGAAUUUAAAAAAAAUGUCAUAGUCGAAAAAAGGAAAACGUUAGAUUUACCACCAAUAUCAUGGAAUGAAGAAAUCGUUAUCUAUGCUCUUAUUUCAUAUACUAAUUCAAUAAAAUAGAAUCCAUUUUCUUUCUCUAGAGUUACAAAGCUUUGACAGAUGAGAAGCAAUCGUACUAUUAGCGAAUAUGACAUACGAUCAGCAGACAGCUAACUCAUAUCAAGAUAUUAAGAAGCAGUUCUUGCUAGGUGCUGGAAGAAACGACGGGUGUAAUUAAUAUCACAUGCCUAACACGGAUCAUAAUUAUAGAACUUUCGUUCGACAUCCGUCCGUUCGGCGUGCAAAACAAAUGUUUUUCCUUUUGUAAAAGCGGUCAAACAUGCCUUAAUGCACGAACAACUUCUUUAUGGCAGAUUAUGGAUAUACACAGACAGACAGCCGGACAGACAUAUCAAUAAACAACUUCUAGUAAAAGGUAUAGUCACGUAGGGCCGUAUAAUAGCGUUUCGACACAUUACGAUAGUGACGGGGCUCAUCAAUAUUAUAAUUGCGAAAGUGUGUCUUGUCUGCUUUUACCUCUUCACGCUUAAAGCACUGAACCGAUUCAUAUGAAAUUUGGUACAGAGAUAGUUUGAGUCCCGGGAAAGGACAGAAGAUAGUUUUUAUUCCAAAAAUCGUCCUUUGACCCGCCUUUUCACCCUUAAAGGACGAUUUCUGUAAAGGAACGGGAGAGUGUAUGAGAAACCAAAUAUUCCACGCAAAUUGCGGGCUCUCGAACUCGCGUUUUGAACUUUUGGAAUUUUGACCAAUAUUGCAAGAAGUAGCUGAUAAAAAAAAUAAUAAAACAAACAUAAUAAUAUGUUUUCUAUGCUCAGCCGUUUCUUAGCCUAGUUGUUAUAAAUAAUGAAUAAAUAUUUCCAACACUCCACCAAUUAGAAUAGCCCCAAAGUAAGCACUGUAGGCUUGUGUUAUGGGAAACUAGGGUAACGGACAGAAUACAUACACUGAUACAUGUAUAAGUAUAUUUAUAUAGAAAUACAGAUUAACAUCCAUGACUGGAAUACAAAUAUGCUCGUAUUCAUCACACAAACAUCUGCCCCCACCGGGAUUCGAACCCGGAACCUCUCGAGUAGGCGACACCUUGAACCCCGGAAUGAUGAAUUUAAUUUAGCUUUGUUGCCUAGAUAAUUUUAUUUAGAUAAGAAUGCUAAGAAACGGAACCAGAUUAUUGAAACUGACCGUAAAUCAAGUGAGACGGUAAUUAGCUGCAGGUGUGUGAUUGGAUUAAUAUGUAGAAGGCACAGUGUUUCCUUUCGGUGAGAUUGGAGAGGUAUUUGUUUCUCAAUCCUCGAAAGCAGCUAAACAGAUUUGGAUGGAAUUUGGCAUAAUUUAAGGCCCAGCCUUAAUUAAGGAAAAGGACAAAAAUGUAGGUUAAUGUUGGAUAGUAAACGAAGGGUUCCGUACAAUUAUCUAUACAAUGGUGUCGAUUCUAGCGUGAUUCACUAAACUUAAAAGUAAACUUAACAUCAGUCUGUCUUUUUCAUUCCGUAUAGAGAAUGACAAGGAUACACUGUUGUCAAAUUUAAGUUUAGACUUAGAGAAUCAUGACAGAAUCGACACCAAUAUUAGAGAAACGGCAAAAAAAACGUGUGUUGUAAGAGAGCACCCCUUUAAUAUUUAUUGAAAUUUAAUUUAGGUACUUUUUUUUUAAAUGAAUAUGAAAUUAAAUAUUCUGUGUUGCAGUUCUAAAUAUUGUGCAAAACGUAAAAAAACACGUUUGUUGUAUGGGAGCUCCUCUUAAAUAUUUAUACUAUUUUUAGUAUUUGUUAUUAUAACGGCAACAUAAAUAAAUAAUCCGUGAUCAAUUGGUCAGCUAUGACUGACUGUUACUGAGAUAAGCCCCGUGACAGAUACACAGACAGACAGUAGAGUCUCAGUAAUAGAGGAGGUCCACGGAACCCCUAAAAACGAAGUACUGUAGUACCCCUAGCACGAACCAAAAUCGAAUUCGUAAUGUUUGCGAGUCCGAAAUGUCAUUGUCAAAUGUGUACUGAUUUUUAAGUUCCCGUCACGUCCAAAGUGGCGCUGCUGUUCAAGUUUCCAAACAAAAUUUGACAUUGACAUUUCUGUUUGCAAACUAUUCGAAUUCGAUAUUGGUUCGUGCUAGGGGAACAGUUUUUAUGUAUCCACAGCAAAAAGGUUUUUAUCCUCAUGUAAGUUUUAUUAGACAGUUUUAUUUCCAGACAGUCUAGUUUAUAAUACUUGAAAUGUAUUCAACACUAGGUACGACAUCAAUAAUUUCACAUUUAUUUUAUUUCACUAUACAAAUAAUACGACAACGUCAAAUAUGAAAGCCGUAUAAAAGCAUAAAAACCCUGACAAAUGGUAACCCUAUUUUUGGAAAAAAAUGUUAACUCGGUUAGUCUGUAUAUAUAAAAGGUAACUGUUACCGACUGAUCUUUCAACGCACAGCUGAAACUUCUGAACGGAUUGCGCUGAAAUUUAGCACAAAUAUAGCUAUUACCCGCGUAGUGGGUCGCGGCCUAAUCUUCCUAUUCCAUCCACAGGGAAGGAUGCCUGUGCCCCAGCGGUGGGGAUAUUAAAACGCUGAUGAUGAUGAAAGGUGUAGAACUGUGGUUCAAAGUUUGUAUGGGAAACCAAUAUUUCCACGCAGAUAAAGUCGCGGGCACCCACUUGUACCAAAUAUUUAUUUUACCUAUUUAUUUAAUGGCAUGGAUGGGAUGUAUUAACACUUCUGAUGCCGUGAAGGAGGGUCUGGGGUUAAUAUUCUUAUGCGCAUAUCCAUGUUAAAAUUUGUAAGAAGUUGAAAUAAAUUCACAAAGAAAAUAAUUGCGAGCAUAUGUAACGAUUCAGAUUUUUGCUUAUCACUAGUUGAAAACUUUUUAUCAGCGUGUGUGCUCUGUAAAUGAAUUUUCUAUGUAAAUUAAAUAUAUUAUGUUACCUCCGAUUUUAUAUAUUAAAAAAAAUAGAGUUUGAAGUACUAUUUACAAUGUAGAUUUGACUUCGAUUAACUUAUACAAAAUUAUAGUUUAUAAAUUUUGUAACAGUAUAGUUUUUAGAUUAGGUUAAAUUCAAUAAAACUCAGAACUAUGGUUGUAACAGAUCAAGGGUUAUUCUAAAAUACAUGAAAAAUAACAUUCAGAGCACACAAUCGAUAAGUCCACUGUAUUUAGUAAAAUAACUA